UUGGCUUAUCUGUAAUUUAAGAGGAAACUCACUGGAAACUUUGAGGUUGGCUCUUUCUCCACUGUGUGUUGGUGUUUGAGUCUUCAGUUCCUCCCAGGCUACCUCGAAGCCAGUGGUCCAGCCUCGUCUUCACUGGGACCCCAGACCCAGUGAGAGCUCAGAGGGCCGACCGGACGGGUGAUGGACCCACCAGAGAAACUUAACCCAACCUUGACCCCGGGGUCUUCCCCGAUGUCCACUGAAGAAAACUCCCAGGAACAUCCAGGUGCGGCCUUCCCGGUGUCUCCCCCGGGCAGAGCUCCUUUGCUGCAGCAGCUCCCAAUUCCGGAUGUGGCGACGGAGGCCGGCCCUCUCGUGGCCUCUCCUCCCGCCUGCUCAGAAACGUUGCUAAGUGAACUUAGGAAGUUGACUCUCAACCCUCGUACUGGACUCCUCUCCCCUGGAUCAGCUCGAUCCCUACGGCAGGGAAGAAGGGGAGACAUCUUUCAGGAGAUGGGAGAUGGCUUCCCCUACAGAAGGAAAGGAGUAAGGACGCUGUUUUCUGUGAGGAAAGAGAGGAUGGUAAAACUGCGAUACCUUUUAAUCAACAAAUUUUCUCGGCUUGAAAGAGAACUAAGAGACAGAAGGCUUAAGGAAGGUCAGCUCGAAAGAGAUUUAAAAGCCUUGAGCAUUUCAGAAGUUCAGAAUGAACCAAGAAGUGAGCCGUUCAGAUGCCGCUGCAGUUACUGCGUGUAUCAUGGGUGGGAUCCCUCCGAAAACGCUAAAAUAGGGAGUACUAAUGACCCAGAGUCGAUUUAGACGUGUUGUUCUCUCCUGCCGGUAACCGUAUGCCGCUGACUGAGAAAGCUACUUGUGACAGCCCGAGUUUUGUGGCUUAGUUUUCUAUCUGCAUCUCUGUCUUGAUGCCGGGGGUUUAUAAACAAUAUGUGUAGUUUGAAUAUAGACGAAUGAGUUCAAAGUACAAUGUUUGCACUUCCUGAUCUGACCCAAGAAGCACCAGUAGUUCUCGGGUAUGUGUGUUUUAGAAGCCUGGAGCAUGAGAUGAAGCCCAGCAUCCAAUCUUGAGCAAAAUGAUUUAUGGGGAAGGGGUAUAUUUUACUUUUCAGU